AAUCACGCGCAUAAAAUUCCUCAUGCUUUUAAAGUGAAAACUCUACAGGAAGUUGUUGAGGCAGAGUUGCGUUUACGUGCGUCUGUCACAUGAUAAUCGGUUUCGAAGUCAAUGAAAAGUGUCUACAGGCUACUUGUGGGUAAACCGGUGUUUUAGUUAAGAGUUUUUGGGAAGUGAAGGGACGUCGUGCGGUUCCGUGAGUGAGUGAGUUUGGAACACUUGCUUGCGUUUUCAUUUUUUUGUGUGUGUGUGUAAACAACGCACUUUAGUGAUGCAGCUAUCCGUGAAGUUGCGUUUGAGGCAGUUGGCAGUCUGGACGCUCCACUGCUACACUUGUUUUUAAUUAGCCGGAAACCUUUAUCGACAUAGUCUGAGUUAUCGUGACAAACAUUUGUAUUUGUUCUAUUAAGCUGGGACAUUUCAGCCUGAAGUCUUUGAAACUUCGAGGCGUAAACAAGCCGGACAGGUUUCAUUAUGUCGGAGCGGACUCCUCUCCUUCACUACCGCCUCGUUAGUAGCGUUAAUGAGUCCGAGCAGCCGUCUCCUCCGGCCACGGAGCCCUCGGAGCAAGUCCCGGGAUCCGGCGGCAGCCCGCGGAAGCAGAGGUCCUCUCCGCAACGACCACCGCAGAAGCUCUCCGUCUUCUUCGGUGUGGUUAUCCCCACCCUGCUGUCAAUGUUCAGCGUAGUUGUCUUCCUGAGGAUAGGUUUCGUGGUGGGACAUGCUGGAUUGUACCAAACCUUCCUUAUGUUCAUAGUGGCCUACUUCAUUAUCUCCAUGACUGUGUUGUCCGUCUGUGCCAUCUCCACCAAUGGAGCCCUGGACGCUGGAGGAGCCUAUUACAUGAUCAGCCGAGCCCUGGGUCCAGAGUUUGGUGGCAGCAUUGGACUCAUGUUCUUCCUGGCUAAUGUGUGUGGCAGCGCCCUCUUUGUGCUGGGUCUGGUGGAAGCCAUUCUGUCAACCUUUGGAGUUCCAGAAGAUGUGACUGUAACAGCCACUGCUCUCCAAGUCCUGCCCUCCGGCUACUGGUGGUCUCUGCUCUACGCCACCGCCAUCGCCCUGCUGUGCCUUUUUGUGUGCCUGAUUGGAGCCCACAUCUACGCAAAAGCAACAUUCAUCAUCUUCCUGGUUGUGAUCUUUGUCCUUUUAACCGUCUUCAUAAGCUUCUUCAUAGUCAAACCAACAGUCGUCACGCUGCCGGGCUCGGUCGUCAACAUGUCCGGGUUUCCCACCACAGCCAAUUUUACUGGGUUCAAGCUGGAGACGCUGUGGGGAAACCAGUGGGGUGGCUACACUUUAGAUUACACAACAGGAAAUAUGAUGACCUUCGCCUCGGUUUUUGCUGUGAUGUUUAACGGCUGCACCGGCAUCAUGGCUGGCUCUAACAUGUCAGGUGACCUGAAGAAUCCCAGCUACUCCAUUCCACGUGGCACCAUCACAGCUGUCAUCUUCACCUUCAUCACCUACAACCUCCUAAGUGUUCUUGUGGCCUGCUCCUGUGACCGUGUUCUUCUCCAGAGGGAUUACAGUUUUCUGGGGGACAUCAACGUCUGGCAUCCCUUCGUAAUCAUUGGAGUUUACUCAUCUACUCUCUCUGCCGCAAUGAGCAAUCUCAUCGGAGCCUCUCGCAUUCUCUACGCCCUGGCGAAGGAUGACUUAUUUGGUAAAGUGUUUUCAGUAGCUAAGAGGACGUCCCGCGGUGGGAACCCCUGGCUCUCUGUGCUCAUCUCCUGGUUCCUUGUGCAGUUGGUGCUGUUUUCAGGAAAGCUCAACACCAUUGCCAGCAUAGUGACCAUUUUCUUCCUGCUGGUGUAUGCUGCCGUGGACUUGGCUUGCCUAGCCCUGGAAUGGGCCUCCGCACCUAAUUUCAGGCCCACCUUCCGGUACUUCACCUGGCACACUUGCGCAUUGGGCAUCAUUGGGUGUGUCGUCAUGAUGUUCCUAAUCAACGCCAUCUAUGCCUCGGCCAGCAUCGCCUUCAUGCUGCUGCUGCUCCUGCUGAUUCACUACCUCAGCCCCACAUCCAGCUGGGGAUACAUCAGCCAGGCGCUCAUUUUCCACCAGGUGCGUAAAUACCUGCUGAUGCUGGACGUCAGGAAGGACCACAUCAAGUUCUGGAGGCCUCAGAUCCUUCUGAUGGUGUCCAACCCCCGCAGCACUGUAGGCCUGAUCACCUUCAUCAAUGACAUCAAGAAGAGUGGCCUCUAUGUGCUGGGACACGUCCAGCUGGGAGACCUCAGCACUUUACCGUCCGACCCCCUGCAGUCCCAGUAUGACUCCUGGCUGUCGCUGGUGGAUCAUCUGAACAUCAAAGCCUUUGUAAACCUGACGCUGGCUGAUUCUGUGCGUCAUGGUGUCCAGCACCUCCUCUUCAUCUCAGGACUGGGUGGGAUGCGCCCCAACACCUUGGUGCUCGGCUUCUAUGAUGACUGUCUUCCGAGAGACAAGUUGAUUGACCCCACCCUGACCUCCAGUGAGUCCCCGAAUCCCUUCAACCCCUCCCAGGACCUUGAGGAGCCUCCUCUGUUCCACUUCGCCUCCCUGAGGGGGUCCAGCGAUGGACAGGAUUAUGGUGAAUUUGGGAACGGCAAAGCUUUAGGCCCCCAGGAGUACGUGGCAAUCAUUAGUGAUGCCAUGAAGAUGCUGAAGAGCGUGGUGCUAGCACGAUACUUCAACGACUUUGAGCGAGCUCAAGUCACCUCCCCUCCCUCGUCGACUUCAGGGAAGGUGUUUGUGGAUGUGUGGCCCGUAAACCUCCUCCGUCCAGACAGCAGCAGCUACGUCGACACCUGCUCUCUGUUCCUGCUGCAGCUGGCGUGUAUCCUCAACAUGGUGAGAGACUGGCGCAAAGCUAAGCUCCGCCUCUUCCUGUGUGUGGAGGAAGGGAGGAGCGUGAGAGGCUCGGAGGAGAAGCUUGGCCAGCUGCUGAAGGAGUUGAGAAUUAAAGCUAAGGUGCAGACCGUGCCGUGGGACCAGGUGGUGGCACUCCACUGGCAGCGCCAAGAUGGGUGGAGCAAGAAGCAGCAGUCGCAGCCUCCGGACAUCGACACAGACGAAGACACAGCAGGGGCCGUGGAAGAGGAGAACGAAGAGGAUUACGUUAACAGCUUCCCAAGCAACGCCACACGAGUGUCUGACGACUACAUGUCAGCUGUUAACAGGCUGAUCCUGGAUCAGGCCCAGCCACCUCCAGCUGUGCGUUUCCUUUACUUGCCCCGCCCUCCUGCCGACACUCGCCGCUACGCUGCGUAUUUACGUCAGCUGGAGCUGCUGACUCAGGAUUUGGGACCUACACUCCUCAUCCAUGGCAUCACUCCAGUCAUCACCACUGACCUUUGACCUCAGCUGGUCUUGUUCUGCGCCGAGAACUCAGUUUCUCUCUAUCAUCGUGACAUUUUUAACCUUUUCUCUGUAGUCCCUGUUUUCUGCCUCCUCACUGAGCUCCAGGAGAAACCGCCUCGCUGUGGUUUCAGCUCCAUCAGACAAAUCCCUCCUAACGAACCAUUUCAAGUGCCUUUCUACUUAGUGUUCAAUUGGAGCAGUUGUUUGCUUUUAACAUAUUGUGAGCUUACAUUAAAGACAUCCUGUGGAAAAGUUGCAGAGGUUCUGCUAAAGUUUGGUUUUAAAGAUUUUAUUUGCAAAUUAGAUUUUAUUUGGAAUUUCAAGAUGAUGCAUUUCUGUCUUUGCCAAAAUGGUUUGCAGAUUUUCUAGAUGACCAGCAGUGGCCAUUUUUAUUUAUCCUGCUGAUUCAGCCUCAUGCUGUUUUAUCUGCAUUAUUUCAGAAUAAAUACCAAAGUUUUGUAAAAUCUGCUGAAUCGUGUGGAACAAAUGUAAUAAAUAAUGUUUCAUGUCCUCUUUGACACUUUAUAUUGUCUGUAACAAAAACCUGAUCUAAAAAAUAACAUGCUGAAUGUCAGACGUCCCGCGGGCUUCAGCACCUCUGAGGUCCAGAUCCAGGCUUGGACAGAGCCUGGAGCUCGGGUUUCAGUCCAACUUGACUCACCUUGUUUGUUUUUGUAAUGGCAUUUGUUUACUUGCUAUGUCCAACGUGUUUCUGGAGUGGACCUCUCCACUGGGCACCACACUCCUCCACCAACUACCGACACUAUGUUGCUCCACACCUUAGUCCUGGAUCCAAACCAGAGGACAACAUGACACUCCGGGGGACAUUUUGAUCAGAAAAUGAGACUUUCUGAAUAAACUGUACAAGAAGUUGAUUACAAUCACAAAACAAAUAAAUUCUCAAUUAUU